CUGUUGGCGAGAGGCCACAUUUCCGCCACGUGACCCGCGCAUGCGCCUGCUUGCUGGAGCGCUAGCGUCCGUUGAUCCGAACACCUGCUGAGUUCGGAAGUUCGCCUUCUCUGCCCCGGCUCGGGGCGGUACGCUGGGAGGUGGCGCCCGGAGGGACAGCCGUGCCUCGGGGCGGGGCCGGUGCUCGUCUCGGAGCUCCAGAGGUUCCGCUGAGAAGCACGGCGGCAGCAAGACGACUUCUCCGGAGCCGACGAGCUGGAGUUGGAAGUGGAGCUCCGUGGGGCCGGGCCCCCGGCUGCGGGGCAGCGGCUCCUGCAGGCGGAGGCCCCGGCGGAGAAUGAGCCGGAGCCGGAGGUGGUGGUGGUCUCCCGGCAGAGCGGUGCCACCGGGAGCAUGCUGCGAUGGUUCACCACCUUGAUGCUGUUUGCUUCCUUCCUGGGGCUGGGAUUGAGUGUUGCUAUCGUGGGACCCACGUUUCAAGAUUUGGCAACAAACGUGAACCGAAAUAUUAGUAGCCUGUCUUUCAUUUUUGUGGGUCGUGCCUUUGGAUAUUUGAGUGGCUCUGUGAUUGGUGGAUUGCUUGUUGAUGUCAUGAAUUACUUUUUACUUUUGGGAAUCUCAAUGUUGGCUACCACAGUUGGUCUUUAUCUUGUUCCUUUUUGCAAGACAGCAGUAUUACUCACUGUCAUGAUGUGUGUCUUUGGUACUUCAAUUGGCAUUCUGGAUACAGGUGGUAACGUCCUUAUCUUGGCUCUUUGGGGGGACAAAGGAGCCCCACAUAUGCAGGCCUUACACUUCUCUUUUGCCUUGGGUGCCUUUUUGGCUCCACUGCUAGCGAAACUGGCAUUGGGUCCGACAGCGUCUGCUGAAAACUGCACAGAGUCUGAUUUUCAUCAUCCUGCACUCAACCGAUCAUCUGAGGCUGACUCAGAAGCUCUGUUUGGAGUACCUAAUGAUACGAAUUUACUGUGGGCUUAUGCUGUUAUUGGUACUUACAUGUUCUUAGUUUCUGUCAUUUUGUUUGGUCUGUUUUUCAAGAAUAGCUCAAAGCAGGAAAAAACAAGAGCAUCUGCUCAGACAUCUCGAAGAGCAAAAUAUCACAACGCCCUUCUUUGUCUCCUUUUUCUGUUCUUCUUUUUUUAUGUUGGAGCCGAGGUAACAUAUGGCUCUUAUGUUUUCUCAUUUGCAACCACCCAUGCUGGCAUGAAAGAAAGUGAAGCCGCUGGGUUGAACUCCAUCUUCUGGGGGACAUUUGCAGUCUGCAGGGGCCUGGCAAUCUUUUUUGCUACCUGUUUACAGCCUGGAACCAUGAUUGUGUUGAGCAACAUUGGCAGCCUGACUUCAUCUUUAUUUCUGGUGCUUUUUGACAAGAAGCCAAUUUGUCUCUGGAUAGCAACUGCGGUGUAUGGGGCUUCAAUGGCAACCACGUUUCCCAGUGGUAUUUCUUGGAUUGAGCAGUACACGACCAUCCAUGGGAAAUCUGCAGCGUUUUUUGUAGUUGGUGCUGCCCUGGGAGAAAUGGCUAUUCCUGCAGUCAUUGGAAUUCUUCAAGGAAAAUACCCUGAUUUGCCUGUAGUUCUGUAUACCUCUUUGGGAGCAUCAAUAGCCACUGGUGUUUUAUUUCCUGUGCUAUAUAAAUUAGCCACUUCACCUCUUGAUCACCAGCGAAAAGAAAACAGAAAGAGUGAGGACCAGAAAGCUUUGCUUUCUAGCUCUGGGCUAAAUGAAUAUGAGGAAGAGAAUGAAGAGGAGGAUGCAGAAAAAUGGAAUGAAAUGGAUUUUGAAAUGAUUGAAACGGAUGAUACAAUGAGGCAUUCUAUAAUAGAGACAUCUAGAAGUAGUUCGACGGAGCCCACAGCUGAAAUCUAUAACCAGUAUCCAUCAAAUGCACUGGUGUUUGAGUCCUCUCCUGUUAAUACUGGCAGUUCCAUAUGAAGCACUUGCCAGAAACCAGGACAAAAGGGACUAACACUUAGAGAAGAUGGAUUACUCACUGACAUCUUUGAAUAAUUGCCACUUCUAAGGAGGUCAUUCAGAGCAGAGCAUUAGCAGAUUUUCACCAUGCUUUGGGGAUUAAAAUUUUUAGGUCCAAAUUGUAGCAAAUGCUAAAAAGUUUUGAAAUGUUCUGUAAUUCCCAGAGUCUUCCAUAAGUAACCAAAUGGUCUCAUACACAUGCAAUAGGAUCUUGUUAUAAGGCUGGUAUUUCACGUGUGACUGAUCAGGAAGUAUUUUAUGGUCUCCACCCCUCAGAGCACGCAAAGAAGGCAUUUGUUUUUGAGAAGGUGGGUGUUGUUCUCAUAGAAUGAGACCAUGUAGGAGUUGAGUUGAUUGGUUGAACAAAUUAUCAGGUAUCAAUAUUUUUCCAGGAAAGUUGAGAGUAGUUUCAUAAAAGAGAAAUGGAGAGAGACUUAUUAAUUGCUUUACCUUAUCUGUAGGGUUGGAUCAAAGAAUGCUAAUGACUCAUUUGAUUUCUCAUUUCAAUGAAGAGAACACAGAACAGGGCCCAAGGGGCCUGGCUUCAAGCCUUGACUCCUAGCCCUGCACUCUGUCAUUUAACAUAGGCCUUGUUUAUCUGGCCUCCUGAUCUGUGAUUCUAGAAAUGAAAAUGAGAUGAUUUCCAAAUUGGGAAUCCAUAAGUUUUAAAGUUUGUGCAAAAUGUCUGCUAGAAAUUAGUACAAGUGACAGUGCAUUCUUCAUUUCAAAUGAAAAGUGAAACCAAAAUGAUAAAUAGCUUUAAGAAUGUGCUAAUGAUAAAUGAUUACAUGUCAGUUUAAUGUACUUAAUGUUUAAUAACUUAUUUGAAUAAUUACCUGAAGAAUAUAUUUUUUUAGUACUGCAUUUCAUUGACUCUAAGUUGCGCUUUUUGCCCCCAUACUGUUAACAUCUCUGAAAUCAGGACAUGUCUUGAAAGUAAUCAUUUAACAUUGUGACAAAGUUUGAUUGACAGUUUUUUCCCAUAUGUAUAAAAAAUAAUGUGUUUUACAAUCAGUGGCUUAGAUUCAGUGAAAUACAGUUAUUUCAUUCAAUUAUGGAGAUGAUACUAUCUUUACAGACAUUUUAAAAAGAAGUUAUUUUUAUAUGCUAAUAUUCUCUGUUCAAAUGGGAUUUGGAGACACUGUGUUCUAAUUUUAAGAGCUGUUUCAGUGUUACUAGAUGAGUAGUAGGGCUGUCGAUGGAGUCCUUUGAGGUCCUUUGCCUACCUUAGGAACAGAGGCUGGGUCUGAGCCUUGCUCAAGAUUAGCUCUUCACCAGGUCUGGGUGGUAAUCAUAUCACAGUUACUGUAAACCGCUCUGCAAGUGUAAUUUACAGUGAGGCACAGCCUUUUCCAAUGAUUAGAAUACUUGUGUCACCCAUCCAGGCUUUCUCUUUCCUGAGUCUGAAAUACCUGGGAAACCAAUUAGAAGGUGACUUGGUGACCUAGAAGUCAAGGAUCAGAAAGGGUACUUCAUAUGUAUAUGGCAGAAUUGGUACAGGUGAUCCUUUGAAAAAUGACUAGAAUUGAUGCAAUUUUGUUUACUUCCUCCAAUUUUAUGCUGAAUAAUUUCUCAUUUCUACCUGAUUGGAGUAGGCUUGCUUUCUUUUACUUAAUUUCUAUAAAUUUGCCGUUGUUUUGUCUUAAGUAAAAUACAGUGUCUUUCUUGA